GCCUCGAUCCAUAUUGCUUGAGGAGCCUGCAGGUACAUUAACCGUUAAAGGAUUCAUUGUCAAACUGCAACACUGCCUCGUAUGCCUAUUUUCACCAUGAAAACACUAGCUCUAGCUUUGUCCCCUGCCCCUUAUACUCAGUCUUGUUUCCCUUGCAAUUUUUCCUUUUCUCUGCCAUCAACAGCUCAGAAAUCUGCAGCACAAGCCACCAUUAAGAAAACUGAAGCUCGGAAGGUCCAUACCGGAGUUGUAGCUGAUGAGUCGUCUUCUUUCACUUGGUCUUUUCGUCAAACACGUGGUGAGCAAUCACUGCCAGGAAGUGAAUGUCACGAUAAGAGAGCUAGCAAGAAAAGGGUCUUCUUUUUAGAUGUUAAUCCUCUAUGCUAUGAAGGAAACACACCCAGCUUGUACUCCUUUGGUCGAUGGGUCUCUCUUUUUCUCUCUCAAGUCAGUCGCAGCGACCCUGUUAUCGCUGUUUUUGAUGGAGAAAAGGGUAGUGAGCAUCGUAGACAGCUACUGCCGUCAUACAAAGCCCAUAGGAAAAAAUUCUUGCGGCACUCAUCAUCUGCGCAAAGAUUUUCUAGAGGUCAUGUUGGGAGGUCCCAUCAAGUGAUCACUGAUGUUCUCAGAAAAUGCAAUGUGCCAGUCAUAAAAGUUGAUGGCCAUGAAGCUGAUGAUGUUGUUGCCACACUUGUUGGACAAGUUCUCAACAGAGGUUUUCGUGUUGUGAUUGCCUCUCCCGAUAAGGAUUUUAAACAGCUCAUAUCUGAAGAUGUGCAAAUUGUUAUGCCCUUGCCAGAGUUAGAAAGGUGGUCCUUCUACACCUUGAGGCACUACAGAGCUCAAUAUAAUUGUGACCCUCAAUCUGAUCUGAGCCUUAGAUGCAUUGUAGGUGAUGAAGUUGAUGGCGUUCCGGGUAUCCAACAUGUGGUCCCUGAUUUUGGUCGGAAGACUGCUUUAAAACUUAUUAAAAAGCAUGGUACAUUGGAGACUUUGUUAAAUGCAGCUGCAGUGCGGACUGUGGGAAGGCCAUAUGCCCAGGAAGCCCUUACAAAAUAUGCUGAUUACCUUCGAAGAAACUAUGAAGUUCUGGCCUUGAAAAGGGAUGUAGAUAUCCAACUUCAUGAGGAUUGGUUAGUUGAGAGAGACGCGCAUAAUGAUACAACUGCCCUCUCUAACUUCUUCAAAUAUUUGGAACAGAUGAGGGAACUCAACAAUAAUUAUAGACCUCACACUUCUAAUGGAUUGAACCCUGACAGUUGUAAGAAGAUAAGCAUUAAAGCACAUAGUACGUACUUGGUGGCACUUCCCAAUGGGGCCAAACACCAUUCUCUAAUUGAAGGCAUUGCAAGCUAUGUCUGAGUAAGGCUUCAGCGUCUUUGAGAUCAAGAUUCAGUGACAUGAUGAUUUAUGUUCCUUGUACCUUUUUGUAACAUGUAAGAGGAAGUUGUUGUAACAUAGAUUAAAUUAAAAAGAAUAAAGGGGGGGGGGGACAGAGUAGGUAUAAUAUUUGAGAACAGGGUCAGUGAAUUUCCAUGGAUUUUAUUUGUCAUUUUGUUUAUCCCAUGGCGUCUUUGCUUCGAGUAUGAAUUACAGAAGACAAUUUAAGAUGCUCGUCCAGUGCUUAACAUAAAAGUUGGUAAAGGGAUUUGUUUUAAUGUUAAA